CAUGAAGGAGUAUCCGGAUUAUAAAUACCGGCCCCGAAGGAAGACCAAGACCUUGCUGAAGAAGGACAAAUACUCACUGCCUGGCAAUCUGCUGGCCCCAGGAGGGGGCAAUGGGGUGAGCAGUCCCGUCGGGGUGGGGCAAAGGAUUGACACUUAUGCCCACAUGAACGGAUGGACCAACGGAGCCUACUCACUGAUGCAAGAUCAGCUGGGCUACAGCCAGCACCCGGGCAUGAACAGCCCCCAGCUGCAGCAGAUGCACCGCUACGACAUGACGGGCCUGCAGUACAGCCCCAUGAUGUCCACGGCCCAGACCUACAUGAACGCUGCGUCCACCUACACCAUGUCCCCCGCUGCCUACGGCCAGCAGCCCUCCACGGCCAUGAGCCUGGGCUCCAUGGGCUCGGUGGUGAAAUCCGAGCCCAGCUCGCCGCCUCCUGCCAUCACUUCCCACUCGCAGAGAGCCUGCCUGGGAGACCUGCGGGAUAUGAUCAGCAUGUACCUGCCCCCGGGGGGGGAUGCCACAGACCCUUCCGCCCUGCAGGGCAGCAGGUUACACAGCGUCCAUCAGCACUAUCAGGGUGCCGGGACUGGCGUGAAUGGUACCGUACCACUAACUCACAUAUAAACUUGGCUGCUCCCGA